CGGCGCGGGGAGGAGCUGACCGAGUCCCAGCUUACCAGCACCCCGCUAGCUCCGAACGUGACUGAGCUGCUGCAGCCGGCAGCCAGCAGCUGGCAACUCUCGGCUAGGAAGACUGGGGGUGGGAGAUGACGGUGAUUUCCUCCCUGCUUGGCCCACCUCGAGCAUCGACUCCCUUCUCCCGCGGCCCCGGGGCUGCAGACGUCGCAGAGAUCUGGUUGGAGUUGGAGGGUGAAAGAAAAUGAAUUCUUUUUCUGAUUUAUCUGCCAAGAACUUAACCAUUGCAGUCAAUAUGACCAAGACUCUGCCCUCAACAGUAGCUCAUGGAUUUAAUUCCACUAAUGACCCACCCUCAAUGUCAAUAACAAGGCUUUUUCCAGCCUUACUAGAAUGCUUUGGCAUAGUCCUCUGUGGCUACAUAGCAGGAAGGGCCAAUGUUAUAACAUCAACACAGGCCAAAGGACUGGGAAAUUUUGUCUCCAGAUUUGCACUUCCAGCUUUAUUAUUCAAAAACAUGGUUGUACUUAAUUUUUCCAAUGUGGAUUGGUCUUUUCUGUAUAGUAUCUUAAUUGCCAAAGCUUCUGUAUUUUUCAUUGUAUGUGUGUUAACCUUAUUGGUUGCCAGUCCUGACAGUCGAUUUAGCAAAGCCGGACUAUUCCCUAUUUUUGCUACUCAAAGUAAUGACUUUGCAUUGGGAUAUCCUAUAGUUGAAGCUUUAUAUCAAACGACAUACCCAGAAUAUCUCCAGUAUAUUUACUUGGUGGCACCAAUAUCUCUUAUGAUGUUAAACCCUAUAGGGUUUAUCUUCUGUGAAAUCCAGAAAUGGAGAGACACUCAAAAUGCUUCUCAAAACAAAGUAAAAAUUGUGGGACUUGGACUUCUGCGUGUAUUACAGAACCCGAUAGUAUUUAUGGUCUUCAUUGGCAUUGCCUUCAAUUUUAUUCUUGAUCAAAAGGUUCCUGUUUACAUGGAAAAUUUUCUUGAUGGACUUGCAAAUUCUUUUUCUGGAUCAGCUCUAUUUUAUCUUGGUCUUACAAUGGUAGGAAAAAUAAAGAAACUGAAGAAGUCGGCAUUUGUUGUACUGAUUCUUCUCAUCACAGCUAAACUUUUGGUGCUGCCACUUCUGUGCAGAGAAAUGGUGGAACUCUUGGACAAGGGCGACAAUGUAGUGAACCAUACAAGUUUAUCAAAUUAUGCAUUUCUGUAUGGUGUCUUUCCUGUAGCACCAGGAGUGGCUAUCUUUGCAACACAGUUCAACAUGGAAGUAGAGAUUAUAACCUCAGGGAUGGUAAUAAGCACCUUUGUGUCUGCACCUAUCAUGUAUGUUUCUGCCUGGUUACUGACUUUUCCCACCAUGGACCCUAAGCCAUUGGCAUACGCCAUCCAGAAUGUUAGUUUUGAUAUAAGUAUUAUCAGCCUGGUCUCCUUGAUCUGGUCUUUGGCUAUUCUUCUUUUGAGCAAGAAAUAUAAACAGCUUCCUCAUAUGCUUACAAUUAAUUUACUCAUCGCUCAGUCUAUUGUCUGUGCUGGAAUGAUGAUAUGGAAUUUUGUUAAAGAAAAAAAUUUUGUUGGACAAAUUUUGGUGUUUGUUUUAUUGUACAGCUCCCUCUAUAGCACUUACUUAUGGACAGGCCUUCUAGCAAUUUCUUUGUUUCUUUUGAAAAAGAGAGAAGGGGUACAAAUUCCUGUUGGAAUCAUCAUAAUAUCUGGCUGGGGAAUUCCUGCUCUCCUUGUUGGUGUUCUUUUGAUAACUGGAAAACAUAAUGGAGAAAGCAUUGACUCAGCCUUCUUUUAUGGAAAAGAGCAGAUGAUCAUCACAGCAGUCACCCUAUUCUGCAGCAUUGUCAUAGCCGGCAUAUCACUCAUGUGUAUGAACCGCACCUCGCAAGCAGGACGCUAUGAAGGUUUUGGCCAGUCUCAAGACCACAAAGCACCAGAGCCUGGGAACACUGCUUUUGAGGAGACUCCAGCGCCGAUAGAUGAACCCAAACCUUUUACAAGUUCUAUCCCAGAAACAAGUUGCUGCUCCUGCUCCAUGGGCAAUGGUGAGUUAUGCUGCCCAUCUACAGAGCCAGUAGCAAACAUAAGCACCAGUGGGCCUGUGACUCCUUCAUUUGAGAAAAAUGAACAUUGUGUGAGUCGCUGUAACUCCCAGAGCUGCAUAUUAGCCCAGGAAGAAGAGCUGUAUCUACAGACUGGAGACCAGCAACUGACACGACAUGUGUUGCUGUGUUUACUUCUCAUCAUUGGCCUGUUUGCUAAUCUUUCCAGUUGUUUAUGGUGGCUAUUCAACCAAGAGCCUGGAAGACUAUAUGUAGAGUUACAGUUUUUCUGUGCUGUGUUUAACUUUGGCCAGGGAUUUAUUUCCUUUGGCAUCUUUGGAUUGGACAAACAUUUAAUCAUCCUACCUUUCAAAAGAAGACUUGAAUUCUUAUGGAACAAUAAGGAAACAGCAGAAAACAGGGGUUCUCCUGUUCCUGAGGAAAUAAAAAUGACCUGUCAACAAUUUAUCCAUUAUCACCGUGAUCUCUGUAUCCAAAACAUUGUCAGGGAAAGAAGUGCUGAUACCAGAUUUACAGAACAUGUGGGUGAAUCAUUCCUUUGACAUACAGGUGUGGUCCAAAGACUUCUGCUGGGACCUUCUGUGGCUGUGACUUGGUGAACUGGCUAAUUGAAGUUGGCCUUGCCUCUGACCGUGGUGAAGCUGUGAUAUAUGGAGACAGACUGGUGCAAGGGGGAGUGAUCCAACAUAUCACCAAUGAAUAUGAAUUUCGGGAUGAGUACUUGUUUUACAGAUUUCUUCAAAAGAGUCCUGAACACAGUCCUCCUGCCACUAAUACACACACUCCCCAACAAGAAAGAUAUAAAGAAAUUGAGCAUUCAUCCCCACCCACCAAGACCUAAGUUAUGAAGGAAACAACCCCAUAUGGAGUCACAUUCUGGCCCCAAAUCUGUUACUUAUUAGCUACGGGACCUUGGGUAAAUCACAAGUUCUCUGAGCAUCAUUUGCCUCUUCUGUAAAAUUUGACAUGUUCUCACCCCAUGCUAUGAUUCUGUGAUUUCAUGUGUAUGGAAAACACACAGGAAACUGACUUAGGAAAAAGAGAACUAAUCAAAAUUUAAAGUUCUCAUAAUGAAUAUAUAAUAAUUACUAUAAAAAUUAUGCCAACAUUUUAAAACAUUGCUUCCUGCAAUUGUGUGCUAUAACUUCAAAAUCAACAUCCAAUUUACUAUUCUUUUAAAUUGCCAAAUUUGGCAGGUGUGCUGCUGGCAGAAAAUGGACCUUAAAUUAUGACAACUUUGCACUUACUCAUAGCACCUCCUAAAUAAGUAUUUUAAUGAUUCUAAUGAGAGGCCUUCUUAUUCUAUUUUCCCAUUUCCUUCACAAAUAGUAUUCAUUAAAAACUACAAGCACUACUUUUUUAAGGUUUAUCGUCCCUUGCUUUUCUAUCGAAAAUACUAAUCUGUGCCAUUAGGAGGGAAAUAAGAACCUUCAUAAGUAAUAUUAUCUCUAAAGUCCAAUAGAAGUGUAGUCUGAUCUUUAACUUUUGUACUAAAAAUAAUAAUUUGGGCAAAUCCAAUUAAAUUUAUCAACAGAAUUAUUGCCAUUUGAUAUAUCAUUUCUGGUGUUUGCACAAAGCAUCUCAAUACAGAAGGAUAGCCCUAUUACCUUAUUCCCUAAAAAGAAGAAAAAAACCUGUAUAAUUCAAGCCAAGAUUUUUAAAAUUCUAUGCCUAACAUCCUACUUUUACAUUUACAAUUUAGUUUUUUUAAGUAUCCAUGUGUAAAAUUUUAUAAAUUUGAAAAUUACUAAGUGUUGCCCUCAGAAAAGCUUUAUCUUGAGUCAAUUAAGGAGACGUCUAUUCAUAUGACCUUUGAACCUCUACUUAAUGUCAGUACUAGUUUAACUUAUUUAAAACUGUUUCAAAUAUUUAUUUGUCUCAUACUUUUAGUGUCUUAUGUAUAGAAGCCAUUUAGAAAAUAACUUAUAGGGUUAAAUCAUUGCCCUUUUAAUGCAACAAAAAUGUAAUUUUUAAAAAAACCUGCAUGGAAGCCUAGUGUAUUUAACAAGUAAAAUAUACAUCAAUGUGUAGCAUUAACCUAUACCAAUUUUAAGUUAUAAUUAGGGAAUGGGGUUUUUCAGCAGAACUAUCUUGCUGUGUAACUUUAAAAAAUAUAUAUAUAUAUGACCACAUUAUAAUUCUCAGAAUGCUCAGGAGUAAUCAUAAAGCUUCAUUGCUGUACCAGAAGACUUUUAUAUAGUUAGAGCAAUAACGAUAUUAAUUCAUAUGCAUGCAGGCAAUUCAGACUCAAGUGGGGAAUUUGUUUUGCUUGUGAACAAAUCAUACCAUAUGUGUUCUAUUAUUUGCAUGAAGGAAAUUGGCAGUAUCUUUUUCCAUAAGAAACACUAAAAGAAAACCCUGACUUGAGAAUGAUCUGCAGUUUUAGAUAAUGAAGGCUUUUAAGAGAUGUUUUUAGAAUUAAGGAUAUGCUAAUUUUAUUAAAUGAAAAUAUUUGUAACUUUUACUCCCUCACUAACAAAGCAAGUUUCUCAAUAAAAUACCUCUUUUAACUUGCAUUGCCAGCAUCUUUUUUUUUUUUUUUUUU